AUGUGUAAUCUGGGAUUUUCAUUGCUUAAUUAUUUAUUAUCCUUUGCAUGCAUAUGAUGUAAAUCAGUAUGUUUAGGAAGCCAAAUGUGUACAGGAUGAAAACAAAAUACAUUGACUGCUUUCAGUUCUUUUUAAUGUGCUGUGUUUGAAUUCUGUUUGGAGGAAUUAAUCCUGAUCAAACACUGGGCACCAGCAAUUCAUACUAACAGCAAGUUGAGAGUGCCACCUAAUGCCAGGCUCCCAUGAUCCAAAUUAUCAACAAUGCCAACAUCAAAGUUUGUGUGUGCACAAAUCUCUUGGCAGACUGCUUUGACAUUGCUAUCAGUAAAACAGUAAUGGUUGUGAUAAAUCAGGAAUGUCACUUAAUGUACAUUGCAUGCAGGAGUGUGUUACCUCGUGUUGUCGGGGAAAGAGUAGUGAGGGCUAAUACAGUAACUAGUAAGUUGGGGCAUGGAUUGUGCUAAUGUGCUAACAGAGAACGGCAGACAAAGCCCAGGGGUCAAGGAAUGCGGCGGUCAGUGAUCACACCCAAGUCUCAGGGACUUCAUUAGCACUGUUGGCAAGAGAAAAUAGGAUUUACCGUUAGACCUGUUGAUAAUCACGUUAUUCUGUAAUCAGGACUUGAUUAACUUUCUGUAACCAACAUUCUGUGAUCAAAAUGUAGUUUUAUUGGUGAUGAAAUUGAUAGUUUUACUGGGAAUGUAAAAGCUCUACGAAAUUCAUGCUCAGAUAGAUCAGUUUUGACUGAUCUUAACAUUUUGCAAAUGAAUCGCCCGUUAUUUUGAAAACACUGACUCCCCGUGCCCAUCAUGUUGCUCCCACACCUUUGGUUCAACACGACCUUUCUUCGUAACCGGUCUCCUGGAACGUAGGUUGGUAGCAUGUCCCGUUCACAAAUGCAGGCCAGGGUGACCGGUUCGCAGUCUUUGCUAGCUGUAAUUAGCUUUUAAGGUGGGGCAAAGACCAACUUCAAGGUAGCGUUACCAAGGCAACAUUUUUCAUUGAGUUAGAAGAAGAGAUUGCACAUGCGGCAAUCUAGAGCCACAAAGGUGGGUGGCACGUAGAGUAGCGGCUAGUGUCGUGGCUCAGCUCCCACCGCUGUCUGUCAUGUUUUGAUAUUCUUCUCAUAACUGUGUGGGUUUCUCUGCGUGAUCCCGUUUCCUCCCACAUUCCAAAGACCUACAGGCUUAAGUGAAAAUAAAGAUCAGAAGCUAGCUGUGCUACUAUGAAGUCUGAAGCCUUGCUGCUAUAUUUUUCACUACUACAGUUUGUUGGGGCUGGUUUCCCUGAAGAUUCUGAGCCUAUCAGUAUUGCACAUGGCAACUAUACUAAACAAUAUCCGGUAUUUUUGGGUCACAAGCCAGGACGAAAUAACACACAAAGGCAUAAGUUGGACAUUCAGCUGAUUGUGAAAAUGAAUCGAACACUCUACAUUGCUGCUAGAGACCAUAUUUACACUGUCGAAAUGGAUACAUCAUUCAAAGAACAGAUUAAUUUUAACAAAAAGUUAACCUGGCGAUCAAAACAAGCUGAUAUUGACAUAUGUAGAAUGAAGGGAAAACAUAAGGAUGAAUGUCACAAUUUCAUUAAAUUGCUUCUGAAGAGAAAUGAUGACACAUUAUUCGUCUGCGGGACAAAUGCUUUCAACCCAUCAUGCAGAAACUAUAAGUCAGACACCAUGGAAGUCCUUGGAGAUGAUAACAUCAGUGGAAUGGCAAGGUGCCCAUAUGAUCCAAAACAUGCCAACGUUGCACUUUUUGCUGAAGGUAAACUUUAUUCAGCAACUGUAACUGACUUCCUUGCCAUUGAUGCAGUUAUAUAUCGGAGCCUUGGGGAGAGUCCAACUCUGCGGACGGUAAAACACGACUCAAAAUGGUUGAAAGAGCCUUACUUUGUCCAGGCUGUGGAUUACAAAGAUUAUAUCUAUUUCUUCUUUCGAGAAAUAGCUGUAGAGUACAACACCAUGGGAAAGGUUCUUUUCCCACGAGUUGCACGAGUCUGUAAAAAUGAUAUGGGAGGUUCUCAACGAGUAUUGGAGAAGCAAUGGACAUCCUUUGUGAAGGCUCGACUCAAUUGUUCUGUACCUGGGGAUUCACAUUUUUACUUCAAUAUCCUACAGUCAGUGACAGAUGUCGUACGUAUUAAUGGCCGUGAUGUCAUUCUAGCAACAUUUUCUACACCUUACAACAGCAUCCCAGGCUCAGCCGUCUGUGCAUAUGAUAUGGAGGAUGUUGCCACUGUUUUUACUGGUCGGUUCAAAGAACAGAAGAACUCUGAUUCCACCUGGACGCCUGUCCCUGAAGAACGAGUUCCUAAGCCAAGGCCAGGUAGUUGUGCAGGUUCUCUAUCACUGGAAAAAUAUGGCACCUCCAAUGGAUUUCCAGAUGACACCCUCAACUUCAUUAAAACACACCCUCUCCUGGACGAAGCUGUACCCUCGAUUUACAAUAGGCCGUGGUUUUUGAGGACAAUGGUCAGGUAUCGUUUGACUAAAAUUGCAGUGGACAUUGCUGCUGGUCCAUACCAAAAUUACACUGUGGUGUUUUUAGGGUCAGAGAAAGGAAUCAUCUUAAAGUUUCUGGCCAAAGCAAACACGGGCUCCAUCAAUGACAGCAUCUUCCUGGAGGAAAUUAAUAUCUACAAUGCCGAAAAGUGUAGUGUUGAUGGAGUGGAAGACCGAAGAAUUGUGGGUAUGCAGCUUGAUAAACCCAGUAGUGCUCUCUACGUGGCAUUUUCCACUUGUGUCGUGAGGGUGCCUCUCGCUCGAUGUGAACGACACAGCAAGUGCAAAAAGGCUUGUGUUGCCUCUCGGGACCCCUACUGUGGUUGGCUGAAGGAGGGAUCCUGUGUGCAGUUGUCACCAGGAACGAAAUCAUCAUUUGAACAAGAUAUCGAGCAUGGGAACACAGAUGGCCUGGGUGACUGCCAAAAUUCCUUUGUGGCAUUGAAUGACUUUUCAACCACUCCACAAGGUCAUGAAAUGUCUCGUGAUACAGUAUAUGGCCACUUCAGUUCUGCCUUUUCCACUACCACCCCUCCUACAGCAGUUAAGGAGGGUUUUGAUGCCCAGGGGCCGAUGCUGGAUCAGAAGAAUGUUGUUGCGUCCUCAGAAAUCAUUGACCCAUACGUGGCUAACCCUCCACACAUUCACCAUGAUACCAACGGAGUAAUUCGUGAAAGUUACCUCAAAGGUCAUGAUCAGCUUGUUCCUGUUACCCUUUUGGCUAUUGCAGUUAUUCUUGCCUUUGUCAUGGGGGCAAUUUUCUCAGGAAUAAUCGUUUACUGCAUAUGCGAUCACCGGCGCAGAGACAUUGACGUAGGCGAAAGGAAAGAGAAGGACUUGCCUCGAUCUCGCAGGGGCUCCAUGGGCAGCAUCACAAAACUCGGCGUCCUGUUCGAUGCUCAGACGAAGGAGGUGAAGCCCGAGGCCCUGCUGACGCCUCUCAUGCACAACGGUAAAAUAGUGACGCCGAAUGGCACAGCGAAGAUCCUGAUAAAAGCCGACCAGCAUCACUUGGACCUGACGGCACUGCCCACUCCAGAGUCGACGCCAACCCUGCAGCAGAAGCGGAGGCUGAGCCGUGGCAGCUGCCAGUGGGAAAGGAACCAGAAUCUGAUCAAUGCCUGCACUAAAGACCUGACGUCCAUGGGGUCACCAGUCAUCCCCAUGGAUCUUCCCCUCCAUGCCUCUCCCAACCAUAUUCCAAGUGUGGUGGUCCUCCCAACCGCGCCACAGAGUUUCCAGCAUGACUACGGAGAUCAGGGGCACAGAUCAGAAACGGCACAAAUCACUAUCGAGGAUCAGAAUGCCACACUGGAAUAUCGGAGCAUAAAAAGCCCCUGCCACGGACUGGGUGCGAACCUCGACCAGGUGCCGCCUAAGGUUCCCCAGAGAGAAGCCUCACUUGGACCCGCUAAUUCUGGGGUGACUCCAAACGGUGUGAGCAAGCGGCUGGACAUUCCCUCCCCUUCGUAUGCAAUUGAAUACAAGAGAAACUAUCCGAGCAAUUCAUUGCAGCGAAAUGCGCAAGCGUCUGCUUUCAAACGAAACCACAAUACUAACUCUUCCAAUUCCUCCCACCUUUCUAGAAACCAGAGUUUUAACAGGGGAGAGAAUCCUCCUCCUGCACCACAAAGAGUAGACUCCAUGCUGGUGAAUGCAGGUCAGUCUCAGACACAGGCUGUAACCGUAUCUAGGAGAUCCAGUAUCACAGCACCAUACAACUCUCUGCCAAGACUGGGACUCAAACGCACACCCUCCAUAAAACCAGAUGUUCCACCAAAACCCACAUUUGUUCCCCUUUCAGCUUCCAUCAAACCAAAUGACACGUGUACAUAGUCACAACGGGGAGUACAAAAUGAUGUGGGGACCUGCUUCCUGAGUCAGUGCUUUGCAACUGCAACACUAGUUUUGUGUUUUACUUUUUUUAAAAAAGAGCUGUUGUUAAGCUGAAGAUAUUUAUCUCUGCUCCCUGGGAAAAGUGGAAUAUUUUCUUACGAUUGAUGCGGCUACUGAACUCAGCACUUGAAAGGUGGGGUUAGCAGCUGUUGAACUUCCAUCUGAGGGGAUUGAUGAUUGAUGCACAUGAAUAGAACAAUGGGACACCGAGCCUAAAGCACAAAACUGCAGCGAACGUGUAACGUCUCCUUGACCCUUCAGGAAUUGCCCUCUAGGGAGACGAGUUUCGAGAAACAAAGCACUGAAGACGUGGACUCAGACUUAACAAUAGCUGAAGUUUACUCUUUGCAGAUAGUCUCAGAUACUGUGAAAUGCCUCUCAGUGUUACAUUUGCUUGGCUGCAGCAGAUAUCGGCCAUUUUGGCAAGGCUUUGGCCUACAUCUCUGCUAUUGUCCUUGUAAUGAUUAAUGUGACUAUUAACACUAAUAGCUCCUGGUAUUUAUUAUUUAAGUGCUAUUUCAAAUAUGACUGACUCAUUCAAAUGAAUUUAUGAAUAUCUCUUUUAAAAAAAAUCAGAAAGAAGUCUAAAAUGCAAUGUUUGUAAUUAUUUAAGUCAAGUCAAUUAACUGGAGACCUUCAAUGCUUUUCUAAAGGUAACUGUCCACUAACAAUAUGGAGGUGGCGUACUGAGUACAGUGUUUCUACUCAGCUGCUGGUAGGGUUAUCAAAGUGCUUAGGGAGGGGGAGAACAAAAGAAAGGGGGCUAUUUAUUUUACUGUGACAGGUUCAUUUCACGUUGAGCUGAAAGGAGGGGAGUGCAUCAAUGAGAAUGUCCAGGUGUGUUCCCCUGAGGACUCAAACAGGAAAGGAAAGGAACUCAGAUACCGUGCACACAGGUGGAGUCAUCAUCCAUUAUUCAGAGAGGAUGUAGAAGGAUUUAACGGUUCUGUUUGUUUUGGCAGUCAUUGAUACUUGCAAGCUAGAAACUGGCACAUUAUGUGGCAGCCAACCUGGUUUUGCAAGUGGCAGCAAUGGAUGGAGCCUGCUGAAGGGCAAGCUGUUACAGUGCAUAAAUCAUAAUUCUGUCAUGCUGGUUCUAACUAGGCAUACAUCUGUGUGGCAAGCCUCUUUUUCCAUGUGUAAAUUUGUGCCUUACGACAUCGAUUAUGUACAGUUCUUGCUAGUAAUCUGCAAAUAAUUUCCCCCUUUUAAAAAAAAAUUCUAUUUCUGCUAAAUUUUCUCUGUCCAUUUGGAACCAAUUUCUCUCUCACAGAAUACAUAUGCUCCAAUUCUUUAUGUCCUGGAGAAAUCUGCAAACUGUGACAUUUGUUUGAUCGUCCCACAGUCGUGCCAAUCUUCCCCUCCCAAAAUGCGGAAAAUUUAAAGCUCAUCCACAUUUCUCCGGAUGUGUCCUUCCAUCUUUAUUUCUGCACUGUAAUAAUGUUUUUACAGGUGACAGGUGGGCAGUCACUAUGAUGUCAUCAAUUACCCAAUUGGUCAGUGUCUCAGUUGAAGACACCACAAUACCUACAAUUUAAAUGUUAGUGGAUUGGCAAAGCAGUGUUAAAGCAGGCUGGUUCCUGCUGCAGUAAUAGUGCUUUAAUAAGAAGUAUAGUAAACCUUCUUGACACACGUGUUUCUAAUUACCAUUUUUCUUUUGCGUAUUUCAGUUUGUCAUGCACGUUGAAUCGAGUGUUCUUACAUGUUUAAUAAUUGUCAACAUGAUGUAGAAAUACGGUUUUUAUCAACCAAGCUGAAUGAAUUUUCUUUUUUUUAUUACUUUUUGUACUCAUUUGCUUUUUUCAGUUUUCUUCAGUUGAACACCAACUUGCAAGCUGGUUAGUGUUUAGAAUGGUAGCUGAAUAAUUUGGGAAGGAACUAGACCAAAGUGUGUAACAAGGUUGCAUACACAUACAACUUCUAUGUCCUCCAUUUCCAAAAUAUUAUGUUGACUAGCAUUGAUGCAUUCCUUCAAGAUAACUAAUUCAAAUGUUAACUUCAUAUGUUUCAUGCAAGUUAUGUUUGCUGUUUUUUUUAUGCCUUUAAAUGCUGUGUGAUUGUUCAGAAGUUAACUUGGGGUGCGAUUUUAAUACAUUCUAUAAUUUUAACAAGGAAUUUUCAAUACAGUAGAUUCCGAUUACUUGGGUCACUUCAGGACCAGUACAUUUUGGCCCAAUUAGGCAGCUGCCCUAAUUAGCUGAAAUUCCAUGAAAAUAGUUAAAAAUGUAUAAAAAAGGCAAACUUUUGUUUAAUUCAGUAAGGAAUUUUGUAUUGGUACCCUACCAAUACUAGUGUAGUACUAUAAAACUGUGUAUUAGUUCCUAAUAGUUAUCAACAGAGGAAUUCAUCCAGUGUAUUUUACCAUAUUCUUUUGAUUAACUGUAAAUGAGCUAAAUUAGCAUACAGACACCUAGUACAGAAAAUGGACUGCCUUCAAACAAUGCUUUCAACAAUUGCAUCCUCCAAAUCUCUAUUGCCAUUAUAACAUUCAAGAUAAUUGUCAGUACCUUCAAAUUCUUUAUAGUUCCACACUUGUUGAAGCAAUGAAAUCAUUUGAUUUUCACUCCCGGCCAUUUCUGUCUUUUCCAAGCCUGAGUGCUUGACCCCACAGUGAGCAAGACAGUUCUGAAUUAUUUUACUGCUUGUUUCUUGCCAACUAUCCAUUUGAAAAAUCACCACUUCUUGAACACAAACAAAUGCAACUGACGCUAUUUAAAAAUGGUUCGCUCUAAGCACAGUGUAGUGUCUAAUGGCCACACAAGUGCUGUGGCUGACAUUAGUUAGAAACUGUUUCCUGUCCCAAUUAAGAGGCAUACUGUCCCAAAAACAACGAAGGGAAUCCCAGCUAUUUUCUUGAUUAGUUUUGUUCUUGAAGAGUUCUCCCGAAUAAGUGGCUGCCCCGAUUAACUGAUGGCCCAAUUAAUCGGAAUCCACCGUACAUUUUAUGCAAAAUGAGUCCUGAUGAGUUCAUAUUGAGAGGCCAAUAUGGUACUCACAACAAUUGAUUUGAUUCAAAAGGUAAUGCCAUGAAAUAAAUGAAUGGUAGUGUGCUGUUUACUGCCUUUUCUUUCCUGCCAGUGUCCUUGUUAAUCCCUCUCUGGCCCUAUGUGUGCCUUUUGAAGCUCACCCUUGCUAUAAACUCUUAGAUACAAGAGUCAGAUACUGGUUGUGUAAAAUGUAAAAUAGUGUGAUGUUGGCACAAUCUCUUUCCCACAGCUCCAUAUCCCUAACAUCCAGUUCACAACUCAAAUGUAUGUUGUAAAAAAAACUCUUUAAUUAUUACAUAAUGUAAUAAAACAGACUGCUCUG